AUGAAAUUUCAAGAUAUCCGGGAAUUCAUCACUUUCCUGGAGCAAAAGGGCGAACUCCAUCGUAUUUCGACCCCUGUCGACACGCGGCUGGAAAUUACGGAGAUCGCAGACCGCAUGAUUAAGUCCGGGGGGCCGGCGCUGCUCUUCGAGAGCCCCUUGGGAUACGACAUUCCCGUCCUCAUCAACGCAUUUGGCAAGGACAACCGCAUUUGCUGGGCCCUCGGACUUUGUGACGAACUGGACCAGGUGGCGGAGAAGGUGCAGGGCAUAUUGGACAUGGUUCAGGGGCCUCCCGAGGGCAUCGUCAACAAGCUUCGCACUCUCGGUCAGCUAGCCAACCUUGCGUCCUAUCGGCCUCGCACAGUGAGCAACCCCCCCUGUCAGGACGUGGUGCUCCAAGGCGAGGACGUCGACCUCUUCAAGUUCCCCAUCCUCCAGUGCUGGCCCAUGGACGGUGGUCGCUACAUCACACUGCCGCUGGUAAUCACCCGAGACCCAGAGACGGGAAUACAGAACUACGGCAUCUACCGGAUGCAGGUCUACGAUCGGCGCACUACCGGCAUGCACUGGCAGACCCACAAGGUAGGCGCCCACCACGAGCGCAUUGGACGGCAACUCGGUUUGGAUCGCCUGGACGUUGCUGUGGCGCUGGGCGGCGACCCCGCUACCAUCUGGUCGGGGUCUGCCCCAAUGCCUCCCGACGUUGACGAGAUGAUGGUGGCAGGUUUCCUUCGGGGGGAAGGAGUUGCGCUGGCCAAGGCCCUUACAAGCGACCUGAUGGUACCGGCGGAGGCGGAAAUCGUGCUGGAGGGCUAUGUUCUCCUUAACGAACAACGGCUGGAAGGGCCGUUCGGCGACCACACCGGCUACUAUUCCAUGCCCGAUCCCUACCCCGUUUUUCACGUCACAUGCAUCACCCACCGGAACCGGCCCAUCUAUCCUGCUGCCAUCGUAGGCCGGCCACCCACGGAGGAUUACUGGAUGGGCAAGGUAACCGAGAGGAUGUUCCUGCCGGUUAUCAAAACACUCAUGCCCGAAGUGGUGGAUAUGAACAUGCCCGCCGAAGGGAUAUUCCACAACCUGGUCAUUGUUUCGGUGAAAAAGGAAUACCCCGGCCAGGCACGCAAGGUGAUGCACGGUCUCUGGGGGAUGGGCCUGAUGAGCCUGGUGAAGGGCAUCAUUGUCGUUGAUCAUUUUGUGGAUGUGAAAAACAUUUCUGAAGUAGCCUGGCGGGUAACCAGCAACAUGGACCCGGCGCAGGACUUCGUCUUCACCACCGGCCCCAUCGACGAUCUGGACGUCGCUUCUCCCACACCCAAAUUCGGCAGCAAGGUUGGCAUUGACGCAACCAUAAAGAUGCCGCAGGAGGGUGGGCGCACCGGUGAGUGGCCUCCCGAUGUGGUAAUGAGCCCUGAGGUGAAAGACCUCGUUGAUCACAAGUGGGCCAGCUACGGUAUCUCUUGA